CGAUCUAGCUUGGCCCAUCCUGGUAUCUCGUACUGCCAUAACGGAAACUUUCCUAAUGAUACCUACGAUCCAUUGGAAUUAUUUCGUCGAAUAAAUAAGCUCUCUCAAGAAAAAAAAUGGAAUUCAAUAUUAAAUAAGCCAAAGCUUUUCCUUAUUGGUGAAGGCAGAAAAGAAGCAAACGAAGUUUAUCGUAAAUUGGUAUCCAUAAUGUUCUUUUUCUCUGUAGGAUUCAUCUACGAUCAUUUUUUGCCUGAAGAAUACCGAUUUAAAUAUAAAUACCAGAAGGAACAUGGUCAUGUACAUAAAGAAACACAUGAUCAUUAG